AUGGAGAAAAAAAGGCGUAAAGAACGCAAAAACGUCAAGACUAAAAAGUCUGCUGUCGCAACAGACAACUGUAACUGUCUAAAAGAAUUGUUUCCCGAUAACUUACCAUUUGUUACUGAUCGAAGAAGUCGGGUGACAGUUGUAGGUCAGUUAGGAUUAAAUCACGAAGACCAGUAUGUUUUAAAAUGUGCUGCGACUGUCAACGAUAAACCCAUUGAAACAAACGUCACGAGGAAUAAUUUUUACGACUUCACACGUCUCGAGAGAAACUACGAUGGGAAUCAAGUAUCAAAUCAGAGUACUCAAGUAAAUUUUAAUAAUUUUAAUCAAGAUUCGAGAAAAAGAAAUCAGAGUGAACAAUGUCAUUGCUCGCUUCCAACAACACCUACCUCUUUGGACACUGAAGCAGGAGACAAUGUUUUAAAGGAAUGCAAAAGCCCAUUGGUUAUAAUAUCUGUUUAUCCAAGACAAGAUAAUACAGUUGAUAAUGAUGCUGUUAAGGUAAUACGUCACACGUCUCCCAAAAGAAAAGAAGUAACUAACAUCAUGAGAAGUAAUUUUAGACAACAGUUUAGAGAACCGAGCCCGGAGAAAACAAAUAGGGCCAAAUUUACAAAAAUGGAAUCCAAAUUCACUAGAAGUAGAUCUUCUUCACCAAAAAAUAAAAAUGAGCCCAGAAAAGAGUUUGGAAAUAAAUCAGAAACGAGUUCCAAAAAUUAUAACGCAUUAAAGAAGGGUAGCCCUCAACAAAAUAGAUCACCGAAAUCGAAUAUCAUAAAUAAAUUACAAGAUCGUUCGGUCUGUCAUUGCAAUGAUAAAUCUUUAGAAACAGAAACUUUAGACCCAAAUAAAAUUAAAAUGUUAGCGGGCAGGUCUAAAGAAAGCGAGCAAGUUAAAAAGGCACUAGUAAAUAGUUUUCUACAAAACGUCAAUGCUAUGGAUAGAUAUAACAGAAAAAGUAACGUGUUUGCACCCAAAGAUGAUGCUUCUAAAGUGACAAUAAAUAUUGACGGUGACAAGGAACGCUAUGAUGUCCUUCUACAACAUACAAAUUAUGACGCUGGUGUUUCCAUUAAAAAAACUAUUAAACCACCUCAAAUGGAUAGCCGUGAGCAAGGUGGAAAAUCAGGAAAGUCUAAUCAAGUCAAGGGUAAAAAUGAACAUAAAAAGUUUGCGAAAAGCAGUCAGAAAGAUGUUAAAAUGAAACCAGAUUCAAGAUUAAAUAUAAGAGAUAGUAUAGAAAUUUGCAAAAGCUCAAAAAGCACGAUGAUGGGACUUAGUAUUAACAAAAUUAAUAAAUAUUUGAAACGUCACAAUAAUGAAGAAACAUUAAAUAAAUUGAUCAAUCCGGAACUAUGUCACCGUAAAGAAGAACAUAUAGAUAAUUAUUUUCUUAAUCAAAAUCUUCGGCCUGAAUCAAAUAAAAUAAAAGACACAGAAAAACCGGUUCAUACAACUCAAGAUUUGAUUAUUUCAAUGCCAUCAGCAAGUUUGCAGACUACAGAAGAAGACAGUUUCAUGAAAGAUGUUCUCGUGAAACACAACGCGGAUGUUAUUCAAAACUUCGAUAUACAAAAUGAAGAACAUUUUAUAAACGAUUGGUCCAAAGUAGAUACAAAUAUUACAAGUAUAAACGAUGAUAACUCGUCUCAAAAUGUAGUUCUUAGUAAGAACAUACAAAUAUUUCUACAAGUGGACCAAUUUAGACGAAAAAAAUCUAUAUUGUUAACAAAAAAACAAUAUGAGAAAGUGAAAAGAAUUGUUGAACGUAAAAUUUCAAAGAAAUCGAGCGUAGUAAGUAAGCGUUCUAACAUGAAAACUUAUAAUGUUGUAUCGGUCGGAGAAAUUAAAAUGAAACCCAAACUCAAAACACCAUUACUUAUUGAGCGUGGAAUACAGGCAGUUGGAAACGAAAUUAAGACACGAGAUGACUCUGUGACAAACAAAUAUACUAUAGAAAACGAAAAACCUAAGAACAAGGAGUUAUAUGGAGAAAUUGAUAAAAUAUCUGAUGGUGCGAUGUUUAAAAAUAUACUUCAACCGGGACGAAAACCUCUCCGCCAAGCAGUGUCUUCUGUUGAAAUACGUUAUGCGCAAGUUAAAUAUAAAAAAUGUAUAACAAUGACUUCUUCAUCGACACGUUUCAAUAAAGACGUAAUGCAACCCAUUCAAACAAAAAAUAUCCAAAGACACAACAAUUCAAUUCUCACUAUAUUCAAAGGACACAAGAAGUCAGUUACUCCAAAUCUCGGUACGUCAGCUUAUUCACUGUACUCUAAUGAGACAGAUUUUUCCUAUAAAACGAAUAAACUGCCACAUUGCGAUGGUGAUUAUAAGUCGAAGAAACCGUUUCUUCAACGAUUGAUAUCUUGUAUAAUCAUGCGUUCGAAUGAAACUUCGAAUAUCAAGGAUAUUGUACGGAAAGAGACAAUGCCUACUCUUAAUAGCUCGGAUUCCUAUCAUUUAAGCACUUCCCUGGCUUUGCUGGAUAUGAAUUCGUCUUUAUACGAUACCUCAGCCUCAUUCUAUAGUAAUCAUACAAUAUUGCCAGUGAACAAAAUGAAGAAAGGCUUUUUCAGCUCAGUUCGGGAAUUUCUUCGACGAAGUUGA